UCAAUUCUUCUUCUUCUGAUUAUUUUUCAUAUCCUUGUAAUAAUGGAUUCAUCAAAACAAAAAUCUUUGACAAUCAAACAACAAAUGUUAACCAACAAUGUUGAUGAUAAACAUUCGAAUGUUAUGUUCAUCAAUAAGACAACGAUAAAAAAUUCAAAAUGGCCGAAUGAUCAACAACAACAAAAGAUGACUCCAUGUCACGAAUCAUCUAUUGCAAAAAAUAUCAAACUUGACAACAAUGAUUUGUCAAAUUCAAAUUCAAAAUUUCGAAUUGAUGGUACAAAAUCUUUGACAAAAUUCAAAUCAAUGACUGAAAAUUAUUAUGACAAAAUGCAAAGUAAAACACCAGCUUGUAAAAAAGAGCUAAAAUUUGCCUGUACUGCAAAAUAUGAUCCUAAAAUGGAAACUGGCAUACCAUUAAUUAAACCAAAGCCAACAACAAAAAUUGUUCCAUUCAAAUUUGCAACAGCCGAACGAUCAACGAAACGACCAAAAUAAAAAUGAAUAAAUGUUUCAAAAAAAAUUUCUGUCCAAAUUAAACAUCGAAUUUAUUCAUAAAAUAAUUUUCAUUUU